GGAUAGAAGAGAAAGCUCCACGAAACGUCAGUUGAUACUGAAAGUAAUUGGAUUUAUUUGGAUUGAUUGAUUUCUUUGCUUACAAGAAUUGAACUCUUUGAAUCUGAUACGUACGGAUGAUCUUUGACAGCUUUGAAAAGGUGAUUCAACUGAAGCACAAGAAAAUUAGAAGGGCUGUAUGGACCAUACCCCCGUCUGGGUGUUUUGGUUGAUUCAUGUGUAAUUUGAAUACGAAUAGGGAAUGAGAUAACAAUUGCAUAACAAAAUUCCACACCUGGAACCUAUUCUAUCAUGGGAUUGGUAUACAUUGGGAGUUUAAAGAAAAUGGCUUUAUCUGAGAUUCUUAUGUCUAUAUACGUUUGUUCUUCCUGACUUUAGUUGUAGAGAUUGUUCUUGUAUGUUUUAUAUUUUCUGAUGUCCUUGGAUUGAUAUAAUUUGAUAAGAUAUAAGAAUGGCUUAUGGUUUUGUUUUUCUGCAGCUUUGAAUAUCUUUUAGAAUCUAGAAGUUUUGAGCGUUCAGCGAACGUCUAAGUUGGAGAUGGAAUUGCAAGAAAAAUUAGAUAGGUUCAGGAAGCAGCAGGAGAAGUGUCAGUCAACACUUACCAGCAUUGCAGCGAAAUCAGGGUCUCUUAGGGUCACUGUGAAUCCAAAAUCUGAGCCUAUGACUACAUCCCCUUUACCAAGUGCAAGAUCUCCAGCCCCUGCUGUCAAAUUUUCAAAUGAUACUGACAGAUUUCAACACAUUAACACCAUCCGCAAAGGUCCUGUAGGAAGACAGAUGAAGCGUGUUCUUGACCUGCUGCUACAGACGAGGCAAGCCUUAACGGCUGAGCAAAUAAAUGAAGCGUGCUUUGUUGAUGUGAAUGGGAACAAAGAUGUGUUUCAGAGCUUGAGAAAUAACCCAAAAGUUCACUAUGAUGGGAAGUGCUUCUCUUACAAGGCCAUGUAUGAUGUGAAAAGCAAGAGUGAACUCCUUGCCCUGAUACGUAAGUUUACAGAAGGCAUUGAUGUUAGUGAUCUCAAGGAUUCAUACCCAAAUGUGAUGGAAAACUUGCAGGCGUUGAAAGCCGGAGGUCAGAUUUGGCUGCUUUCAAAUUUAGAUUCACAGGACAUAGCCUACCCGAAUGAUCCUAAAUUUUCUAUCAAGGUGGAAAAUGAUAUUAAGGAGCUGUUUUUCAAAGUUCACCUGCCCCAAGAUAUGCAUGAAAUUGAGAAAGAUCUUCAGAAGAAUGGAAUAAAUCCUGCUACCAACACUGCACAGAGGAGAGCUGCUGCAGUGGUCCAGGGCAUUGCCAUCACCAAGACCAAACCUAAGAAGAAAAGCAAGGACCUCAGAUAUAUUAAAAACCUCACAAAUAAACAUCUGGUCAACGAAUUGGGCUUUUUAAAAUGAUUCCUUGAAGCGUAGAGGCAAGCUGUUAUCAGACUUUCCAAAUGCAGAUUAUCAUAGUUGAGCUAUAACAGCUGCUCUGAGCUCUCAAGCAAGUUUCUGUCCUCAGUUCUUUGGAGGAGCUUUCGUCUAUUUAGUUGACAAGACACCUUUUUUUUUUUCCAUUUGAGAUUAAUUUAUGCACAUAUGUAAGUCUUUUGGGUUACAAAUUCCUUACUGAAAUUUUUUGUUUUUG